UUAGAUGAUUCUCCAAAAUUUAAAUCCUCUUGAAACUAUUAUUGACAUCAACUAAAAGAAAAUUUCAGAUGAUUAAAAGAAAAGCUCGUUCUUUUUAGUUUCUUUUUUCUUUUUGUUUCUAAUUACUCUGCUAUUUGGUAUUUAUUUAUAGCCAAUGAAGCCAUCUCCUCUGUCCAAGAAAACAGAGGCUACUAAAAAAACAGAGUAGUAGCGUUCUCCUUUCAUGAACCACAAUUCCCCUUCUUCAUUUCUUCUAAAAUUUCAAUGAAUUCUUCUUUCUUUCACUCCCAAAACUCCAAUCUCUCGCCAGAAUCCUCCUUUAGCUCCUUCGAAUCUCUCCGAUGGGAAGGUUUUCAAAUCAACGAUAACUCUCUGCCCUUCAACGAGAAUGAUUCCGGCGAAAUGCUCCUUCACAGCUUAAUCUCCGAGGCUGCCGUGUACCCACCGGGGAAUUGCCACCAGGAGACUCCGAUCAAAGAUGAGGAGGUCGAUUCACUCGAAGAAGAAGAACCCCACAAGAGAAAGUCUUACAGAGGAGUCCGUCGGCGACCGUGGGGAAAAUUCGCGGCAGAGAUACGGGACUCGACCCGAAAUGGGGUUCGAGUUUGGCUCGGGACAUUCGACAGCGCCGAGGCGGCCGCUUUGGCCUAUGAUCAAGCCGCUUUCUCAAUGAGAGGUUCCGCCGCCGUUCUCAAUUUUCCGGUUGAAAGAGUUCAGGAAUCGCUCAAGGAGAUGGAAAUGAUCAACUCCGCCGCAUGCGACGGCGACGGCGACGGAGACGGCGGAUCUCCGGUGGUGGCUCUGAAGAGAAAACACUCGAUGAGGAAGAAAUUCACGAGAAGAACAAACAAAGAGAGAGAUGAAAAUGGGAAGAUUGAGAAUAAUGUCGUUGUUUUGGAAGAUCUUGGCUCUGAUUAUUUGGAAGAACUUCUAAAGUCGUCGGAAAAUCUCCGGCCGUGGUGAAAUCUCUCUGACAAUCUUAAAGUCCAAUCAUUUUUGUGUUAGGCCGAACAAAUUAUUUGAGAAGCUACAACAAUCUUAUACAAAAUAGACUAUAUGUUAAAAAGAAACAACUACAUUGUGACAGUCAUACACAAGAUAUUAUUACCUUGUUUAUAGCUUUGCAACUUAGAUGUUCAUGUGAUAUAACCCUAGAUUAUUGCCAUUAGUUAAUAUGGCUUCCAAGAUUUUGUAUCAUUUUUUCCUUGCCUUUUUUAAGCAAGAGAAAAAUAACAAAAAUUUUGGAUUUUUUUUCUUUUUUUUCUGGUUGUAUUAAUGUAUAAAUUAUAUUUUUGUUCGUCUAUCUAGUA